AUGGGACUUACCAAGAUGAUGGAUACAGGACGUGUUCUGUUUGCAAAAGGGACUAAGCAUUUGCAGGUUGAUUAUAACUUUAUUCGUGAAAAAGUUCUUCGCAAAGAUCUCAGUGUUGGUUUUGUAUCAGGCAAGGACAAUUUAGCAGAUGUGUUUACUAAGCCCUUACCUGCUCCUCAAUCUCUCUUCUUUGGUUCCAAAUUCCUGAGUUCUAAACGGUGUCGUCUUCAACUGUCUGUUAGAAUUGGCGGGAAAAGCAUUAGCACUAAGAAUAUGACUAAAAAUUUUUACUUUGGUAAAAAGAAAUCAAUGUUGAUACCCAACUGUUUGUUUAGAGUUGGUGGGGCUGCUGUUUUGUUAUCGAACAAGGCGCCUGAUAAGCAGCGAGCUAAGUAUAAACUCGUACAUGUUGUGAGGACACAUCGUGGAGCUUAUGAUAAGGCUUGUAGGUGUUUUUAUCAGGAACAAGAUGAUGUUGGGAAAACUGGGGUUUCAUUGUCUAAGGAUCUUAUGGCCAUUGCUGGUGGAACUCUUAAGACUAAUAUCACAACUUUAGGCCCCAUUGUACUGUUAGAGGCAAAGAGUCCAUAA